UCAGCCUCCGCCCCAUUGAGAUACGCCCCAGAGCUUCUCAUCGACGCACAACAUUGAUGACAACAAGGGAAUAUUUGAGCAGCUUCUAACAUAACGUCUUUAAGCGUAGCCCAAGGCUAUUAGAUUUACAAAAUAACAAACUAAAUAUGUUCCGAUUGAGGCACCCGUUUGAGAGCGAGAAGCUCCAACUCCAGGAGCUCAACCAAAAACUCAGCCAGUACCUAAGUCGCACGAAACAGUUGGAGAAGGAAAAUGCCUGCCUGAUAAGCGAAAUCAAUUCAAUCAGACAAACUAAGUCAGGAGAAUGGGAAAACAAACACAUGUCAGAAUUACGGGAGAUGAGAAGACUGGUGGGGCGCUUAUCUUUCGAGAAAAGCAGAGCAGAGAUGGAGCGCGAGAAGCUGCGCAGUGAACUUCAGAUGCUUCACGCGAUGCGAUCAGAGGAGGCUUCGGUGAGCAAAGGCAUCGACAGCGAGAUUAAAUGUAGCGAGAGACAACUCCAUCAUGCACUUCAGAACAACACUGCGUUGGAAGAUCGUCUCAUUCAGCUUGAAAACGAAUACACGUUUUUGGAAGAUGCCCACAGAAAAGAAAUCGCCCACCUGAGGGAUCAGGUGCACUCUCGAACAGUACGUUUUGUCACUCAAACGCAUCGCGCACCUCCAACGGUUACGAUGGAAGAGGUGCAGGAGUAUGCGGCCAACUUCACUGAAAGCUGGCAAGAGACUUUAGAUAUGUACCGCCUAAAGGUAGAGCAAAUCGAAGAGUCUAUCAAAGCUGACCAGGCGAGGCUAGAAGAUAUUCAGAGAGAAAAGAGGGAAUACGCUUCACAAUUCAAAAUGCUGCGAGGAGAAAUUGAGCAACAAACUCAAGUGCAGCGGAACCUUGAAGAGCAGCUCAUGAACAUGCAGGAAAACUCCAAAGCUGAAAUCAAUCAGUAUCAGGUUAUUAUUGAGGAUCUGGAGUAUGAGCACAAGUUGCUGUCCAACACCAUCUCAGAGAAGCUAAAGGACCAUCAGGAUCUCUUGCAGGUCAAGAUGGGUCUUGCUCUGGAAGUGGCUACAUAUAGGGCACUCUUGGAAGAAGAAGGAAGACAUACUCAAAUGUGGUCUAAUCAACACUCAAGAGAAAGAGUAAUAGAUAGAAAAAUGCCAACCCAUCCUUUCGCCCCAAGAGUCACUAGCACUCCGACAGGGCAACCAGAUAUGAAAAAACGCUAUGAUGUGAAAGGAUAUGAUGUGCCCAUCAGUGUAUCAAAUCGUGCUCAGCAAAGUUUGAGAAGGGACAUGAUUUCCUUUACCAAAGCAUCUCAGGCAGCUGCUGCUAGUUACCCAAAAGAAGUUUCACAGCAUCCCCUACCCAGGGUUGAAAGUACACACUGCUCUAAAGUUUUACAAAUAGCGCAACCAAAGCCAGUGAAAUUGGUAUCACCUCCCAUGACCUUAAACAAGGCCACCAUUGAAGAAAGCCAUCAAAAAGAUGUUGAACCGAAAGAAAAGAAAAUGGAUGCCAAGGCAACAGGGAAAGAAGUAAGACAGAACGUCAAAGUAAAAGAAUCAAAAGCUGAAGAUGAAAGAGAGUUUGAAAGCCACCAGAAAGAUGUUGAAAAGAGAAUGGAUGCCAAAAUAUAUACAGACAGUUCCAAGGCAACAAUGAUAGAUGAAACACAACAUGUCAAAAUAAAAGAGUCCAAAGCUAUAGAUGAGAGAGAAUCUAAGGUAUUUGUAGGUGAGGAAAACGUCUUAGAUGCUGUUUCUAUGGAAGAAAUAAUUCAGCAGGUCAUGAAACCUGCUGGUUUGGAUAAUAGGGUCAGCUCAUCCCCUGACUCAAAAGUCACAUAUCAUGUGGAGAAAACAGAGCAAGAAGAUGGAACCACCAAGACUCAGAUUUUCUUGCAAUCUAAAGUAGAGGAAGAGCUAGACCUUUCUGAAGAUUCAGCCCUGGAGGAACUUCUCAGCAAGGGAGUCAAGACAAUUAGCCUAGAGAACAUCAGAGGAACCCCAACAGGAAACAUGAUCGAGAACCUGUUGAGCCUUGGUCUUAAAGGCGAGAGCUUGGGAAACAGGUCGGUGAAUGUGCAGAUAAUAGAGGAACCAGUGGAGUCUCAAAGAGAUGAGGAAGCUGAAAUUGAAAUAGAGGGAACUGUGGAGAUUAAAUCCCAACAACCAGACAUCAAAGCCUCAUCGAUGUUCUUACAAAUCGAGGAGCUAGAGAACGAUUCUAAGACCACAAAAUCCAAUGAUGGCGGUUCUAAGACAGUCGAAGCAUUCAGAGAUGCAAGUUUACCCUAUUUCUCCCAUGGCCAAGAUUCACAAAAAUACUUUGUCUCCAAUCCUGAGGACAAUAUGUCUGAGUAUGAGGAGGAUGGAAGGUUUAUGUCUUACACCCAUUAUGGAGUUGUGGAUGAUCUGUCUGAUGAAAGACAUUACCAGGAAGACAAGCCCAAAAGGUCCACUACUGAGGGUCACAGUUACAGAGAUUCACCUGAAUAUGGUGACCACUCGUUUGUGAGAGACAGUAUCCAAGAAUGUAUAAUUGAAGAGGAGGUGCAUGUCUCUCCAACGCUGCAACAGUCCAUAGUGGGAAUGCUGACAGAGGAGUCAACAGACCGCAAACAACAGCUUAGAGGUGCACUGGAGCAAAUCCAAGGUACCGUCACUGGGGCCCUGAAGGAAGAACUUGCAUUUUUAACUAAAGGUGGGGAGACUCCAGACAAUGUCUCAGUGGACAUCAAGAAAGUGGAACAAGUCACAGACAAUGGAACCAUGACCAUUGUGGCAGAGCUUAAUGUAUCCCAGACUUUGGAGGAUUCUGGGCUCCUGGAGGAGGUUGAGGACGAUCCAUCGGAAGAGCAGAUAAUGGCAGUGUUGAGCUCAUCCAAACCAGGACUCCAGCAGGCCCUCAGAGGAGGAGCUGGAAUAGGAUACACUACGGACAUUUCCCAAGAAGAGUUUGAAACGGAGGGAAUGACGUGGAUGACCAGCAAUGAAGAGAUUGGACACUGGAGCUCUGAUGAGCUCAACAAGAUGGAGAAACAUAUUAAGCUGGGUCCUAGUGAGAAAUCCUUCACAUUUCAAAUAGAUGCAAACAGCUCUUCUGCAUCAGCAUGUGGAGGAGCCAGUGAAACUGAAGAACAAAGAGGCAGCGACACUACUGAGUUUUUGCAGACCCAGAUGAUUGACCCUCACUUAAAGGUCUGUCAUGAGAAGAGAAUUGCAACUGUUUAUCUUGAAAGCACCAAAGAUGACCAAGACUAAGAUGAAAUUGAUCUUCAGUUGACACAUUAUAACUCAAAAUAUCAAUUACGUCAGUCACAUACUGUAUUUCAUUACGAAAAUGAACAAAAGCAAUCAGGUGUUGUUGAUCAUCAAAUCAAAAAUCCAGGAUCCAUGACUGAUUUUCUGGUACAUCUGACAAGUUAAAGGGACAGUUCACCCAGAAAUUAAAACUCUGUCAUCAUUUAACCUCAUGCUAUUCUAAACUCGUAUUACUUUUUUUCUUUAAUGGAAAACAAAAUAUGUUUGGCAGAAUGGAAGUCUCAGUCACAAUUCACUUUCACUGCAUCUUUUUUCCAUACCAUGAAAGAGAAUGGUGACUGAGGGUAACAUUUUGCCUCUUAACAUCUUUUGUGUUUUACGCAAGAAAGUAAGUAAUAUGGGAAUAAAACAAUAUGAGGGUGAGUAAAUUAUGACAGAAUUUUCAUUAAUUCACUAUCACUAAAACAAUGUUUUGGUUUGAUCUUAGUAUAUAUUUUUGUAUUAGCUACCUGGACAUCUUUUUUUUUAUUAUUAUUAUUAUAUAGUGUUGCUUUAAGUACAGAAAAAUUUAAAUACAGUAUUUUCUUUCCAUGUCAUUUCAUUUCUUGUAAAAUUAUACAUUGUAGGCUAUUUAAAACACACAGUUUGUUUUAGUUUCCAUGGCACUGAGAAAACAAGCUUGACAUGUUUUUAGAAUUUAUGUGAAAUGCCAUGUUAAACAGAAAAUAAAUCGAGAUGGUAUUUACAAAAGUAUGUAUACCUUUUGGGUUACGGACAUUCAGUUGUGGCCAAAAAUAUUGGCACCCAUGGUAAAUAUGAGCAAAGAAGGCUGUGAAAAAUAUGUCUUUAUUGUUUAUCCUCUUGAUCUUUCACUAAAAAUAUUCACAAAAAUCUAACUUUUAAUUGAAGUAACUAACUGAAAGUGGGGGAAAAUCUCAUAAUUAAAUAUUUUUCUCCAAAACACCUUUGCCACAAUUAUUGCCACAAUUAUUACCACCCUUAGAAAUUCUAAUAAGUAAAAUAUAUCUGAAGUAUAUUCCCAUUCAUAUUUUAAAUAUUUUAGUACUCCUGGGUGACUAGGAACAUUAAGUUGUUCAGCCAUACUAUGAGGUAACACACAGGCCAAAUUCUCUUAGUCAUCAAUCACACCGUGUAAGACCAAAGAAUAAAGUUAUUAUAGGAUAUGUGGCAAAAGGUUGAAGCUUCACAAAAUGGGAAGUGGCUAUAAGAAAAUAGCUAAAACAUUGAAAAUACCCAUUUCCACCAUGAGGGCAAUAAUUAAGAAGUUUCAAUGAACUGGAGAUGUUAAGAAUCGGCCUGGAAGAGGACGUGUGUCUAUAUUGUCUCCACACAUGGUGAGGAGGAUGGUUUGAGUGGCCAAAAAUUCUCCAAGAGUCACAGCUGGAGAACUUCAAGAAUUAGUUGGGUCAGAAUGUCUCCAAAACUACAAUCAGAAGACACCUACAUCACCACAAGUUGUUUGGGAGGGUUUCAAGAAAAAAAUCCUCUCAUCCAACAACAAACUCAAACGUCUUUAGUUUGCCAGACACUACUGAAAUUUCAAAGGGACCAGGUUCUAUGGUCAGAAGAAACAAAUAUAUACUUUUUUGCAGCAAACACCAGAGAUGCCCACAGUUAAAUAUGGUGGUGGAUCUUUAAUGUUGUGGGGCUGUUUUUAUCCUAGAGGUCCUGGAAAUCUUGUUUGGAUACAUGGCAUCAUGGACUGUAUCAAAUACCAUCAGAUAAAAAAAUCAAAACCUGAUUGCUUCUGACAGAAAGUUUAAAAUGGGCCGUGGUUGGAACAUCAAAAUCAACACAAAAAUGGUUCACUAACAACAAAAUCAAGGUUCUGCCGUGGCCAUCCCAAUCCCCUGAUCUGACCCCCAUCGAAAACUUGUGGGGUGAACUGAAGAGAGUCCACCAAUGUGGACCUCAGAAUUUGAAGGAUUUGGAGAGAUUCUGUUUGGAGGAAUGGUCUCGGAUUCCUUGCCUGGUGUUCACCAACCUCAUUAGGCAUUAUAAGAGAAGACUCAGAGCUGUUAUCUUGGGAAAGGGAGGUUGCACAAAGUAUUGAAUAAAAGGGUGCCAAUAAUUGUGCCACACAUAUAUUUGACAAAAUAUUUUUUUAUAAAACUUGUGUUUGAUAUCCAUUAGAGGAUAGAUUUGAAAGAGCAAAAGAAUAAACAAUAAAGACUUUUCCACAGACUUCUUUGCUCAUAUUUACCAAGGGUGCCAAUAUUUUUGGCCACAACUAAAAUAAAAUUAAUUUUAACUAAAAUGGGCAGUGUGGUAUACAUUUGGCCACAGAUACAGUUUCUAGCUCUGCUAAAGUUAGGAAAUACUAGACUGUCCUUUCUGUCUUUUAGAGAUCUCUUAAUCCUUAAAUUACAUUAGACCAGUGAGGACUAAUCUAGCAAUCCUGCUCUUACAAGACGAAACAUUUUUCACUGCCCUGUUUAUAAACAGAGAGAGAGAGAGAGAGAGAGAGAGAGAGAGAGAGAGAGAGAGCAUGAGUGUGACUGAAGAAAUCUCACAUAAAAAAUAAGUGCUAGGCAGCUUACACAGAGGUGUGCAUGUGUUUCAAGAAUAGCUAGUUAAGUGCUAUUAAGCCUAUUACGAUACUCAGAUUGAAGAUUCACCUCCACUAAAGGAGUGCGUCUAAAGUGUGUCUAUUUUUAGGAUUCAUACUAUGUUUUAAGACCUUCUAUUGAAAGCCUAGGCUGAAAAUGUACCAGUGUGUAAAAAUUUAAGUUUUCAUCUAUUUUUGUAAAACCUUCAUGCAUUCUGUUACAUCUUUUGACAGAUAUCAAACAUAUUUUAAUUUAUGUAAUGUCACUGGUGGCUGCAAUUAACAAUAGAGUGUCAUUUAGAAUGAAAUAGCAUGUGACAUCAUUUCAAGAUGCUUAUUGAAAAAUUAGGCUCUCGUUUAAUCUAAUAUAAAACAUUAUUUUUAAGUAUCUUUUCAUGUCUGCAUCAUUACAAAAAUGUAUAGAAUCAAUAUCCUGAAUGUUAACAGAUAAGUGAUAAACUGAUUAGAAUUAUUCCAGUAAUAGUUCACCUAAAAAUAAAAAUUCUGUAAUAAUUUACUUACACACCUGUUGUUUUUAAACCCAUAUGACUUUUUUUUUAUCAGUGUAACACAAAUAGAUAUUAGGCAGAAUGUUAGCCUCAGUCACCAUUCACUUUCAUUGUAUGGAGAGAUGAUGCAAUGAAAGUGAAAGGUGACUGAGGCUGUCAGUUCCUAACAUUAUGCCUUUUGUGUUCCAUGGAAGGUAGGAAGUCAUAUAAGUUUGUAACUACAUGAUGGUGAGUAAAUGAUGAUGAUAUAUUGAUAUUUUAUGAUACUGAUAUUAGUAAUCAACAACAAGCAGUAUUCUAAUCUAUUUCCAGCUAUUUAUCUGCAUCCCUUGAGAUGGAGUUCAGCACUUGAUGAUAUCUGUCUAAAUCUAUGCAUAGGGUUCUAUUAUUCAAUAAACACUGUGUGAAACCUCCAUUUGUGCAUAUACUGUGCAUGCAGAUUUACAAUGUCAUAUGUUAUGCAACAUUUUACUUCCACAGCAAGGAUUGUUUUCGCCUGGUAGACUACACAUUUAUUUCUACAAUUUGAAAAUUCACAAAAAGGGUGUGUUUUUUUUUUUUUGCUGUGUAAUUCUUAAGAACAAUACUUGGUAUCUUGUCUGCUCACUGUCUGAACAUUGGAUAACAUGCAAAUUCAAUAAACAAACCUUUACAGACAAGCACAGAUUUUGUGUAGUGAGUCAAGCUCAAUCCUCAGAAAAAUAUUUGCAGUCCAAGUAUUAUAAUUAUAGCUCUAUCAUUCAAUUAAAAUGAUAGAGCUGCAGUCAGAGAGUAUUUGCAGAAACUGCUGUGAAGGUGUAUUAGAUCACUGUUGGACAGUUCUCAUUUUUGAAGUGCAAAGGUAGUCGCCCUGCCAACAGCUGAGAAAUUAGAGACACAGCAGUGCUUUUCUGCUGUCCAAAGAAUAUUGCCUUGUUUUGUUUUGUUUUCGCUGAUCGACUCCCCUUGGUGAAAUAGGAGGAAGUCAAACAUCCCUGACAGUCCCAGCCACAUUAAUAACAUAGUCCUGGUGGUCAAUGCUACUAUGAGUUGGAGAUUCUAUAUUUCACCUCAGACGGAGAUGAUACCACUGCACAGAAAGGAGUCCUUGUUUCAAACCUCUGGUGACCUAGAAGCUCUAAUGCAUUAAGUGCCUUAAUAUUCACAUUCACUAACACAAUAUAAUCCAUGUUAGUUUACUGCAUUGAAAGCAAAGUAUUGACAUUUUGAGUGCAUUGUGAUGUGUGUGUAUCACUUUACACAUGGUUGGGUAGGAAACUCACUGAGACAGCAUGUCCACACUUUUUUGUGUGGCUUUGGCAUUCUUGUGCUGAGAGCCAUACAGCAUUUUCUGAAUAUUUAGACACUGAAAGAGAGAGAAUCAAAGAUUGUAUAUGUUGAUUGGAAUGAUGAUUUUUGUAAAUUUAGGCCAAAUAUUGAAUAUGUCAUCAAACGUAAUAUUAUAACCUAUGGAAUAGCUGCUUUAUAGGCUUCCUAUGUGGUCCAAAUAAUUCAUUUUCAUCAAUUUGUAUAUGAUUAUUAUUAUUAUGGGAUGGACAGGUCUGGUUACCAAUAAAGUGCUAGCCAAGCUUCAAUAUUGCAUUCAAAUCUGUAUGUGACUGUAAAA